CCCACUUCGAUUGAUUGUCAUUGAGCAUACUAUCAGUCGCAUAAGACCCUUCCGCAGGCUCAUUGCACAGAGGGACAGGUGUCUCUCACUCCCAUAUCGUAUGGCAGUAACAUUCGAGUAUGAAUUGAUGUUGUAUACCUAAACCAGGUCGAAGUCGCUAUUCACCGCACACCAACCAUGGGCAACACCACGUCUUCUAACAAGAUCUCCGCCCAAGACAAAGCUAUCCUUGAUAUGAAGGUCCAGCGGGACAAACUACACCAGUACCAAAAGCGCAUCACCGUCAUCACUAACCGUGAGACGGAGAUCGCGCGUGAGUGUCUGCGGCAAGGCAACAAGUCGAAAGCUCUACUUGCAUUGCGCCGAAAGAAAUACCAAGAGAGUCUACUGGCGAAGACGGAUCAACAACUUGCGCAGCUGGAGGCCCUUACGAGUGACGUUGAGUUUGCGCUCGUGCAAAAGGAUGUUGUGUUCGGCUUGCAGCAGGGCACGAGCGUGCUAAAGGAGAUACAUAAGGAAAUGGGUGGGUUGGAGAAGGUGGAGUUAAUCCUGGGUGAGAGUCAGGAGGCGAGAGCUUAUCAAGAGGAAAUUAACGAGAUGCUUGGAGGCAAGAUGUCGAACCAUGACGAAGAUGAGGUGGAGGAUGAGCUUGAUGCUCUGGAACGGGAGGUUAAUGGACCUGCUGUUCUGCCUAAUGCGCCCGACGGCGUGCUCCGCAGCGAAGUGCUGCCAGAUGCGCCGACGGAGACGCUAGCGCAAAAAGCGAAGAGGCGACAGCAAGAACGAGCAGCGAAAGAACGGCCUUCCGACCCGAUCGCUGCAUAAGUAGGGCGAAUGUCCAAUCUAUAAGCUUUACCGUGAAUUUAGCGGUGGCGCUGGAGGUCGCUUUAUGUCUAGAUGUAGAUCUUUCGAGGCGACUCGAUCCACUUAGGUGCCUCUCUUUACCAAAAUGUGCUAGGCUAUCGCAAACCUCGCGCUACGUACGUGGCCGUAAUACGGUGCUAUAGGAUAGCUACGCCUCUACGGAUAGACAUACGCUAGAGGAGCUAUAGGCGCCGAUAAGCAGAGGGUGUGCGAGUACUCUGAUUCUCGGGAUCGUAGCGACAGUUAUCCUCCUACGUACGAAAACGGUAAUAAUAAUAUAGAAAAUCUAG